CCGGCCCGCCCGCCCGCCGGGAGCGCCCCGGCCGAGGCCGCCCGGUUCGCCGCGCGCUGCCCGCAGGUUCCAUUGAGAAAAGCCGAGCGGCGGCGGCGGCGGCGGCGGCGGCGUCUGCGCGGGAGCUGAGGAGCUGGCAGCAGCCCGCCGCCCGCCGACCCCGGCGGUCGGCGCGCCCGCAGCGCAGGGCCUUGCCUCCGGCCUCCGCAGCGGCUCCGGGCCGGGCGCGGCGGGCUGGGGCGCGGGCCGGGACGGCCGCGGAGCCCGGGGGCCGGGGGCAUGAGCCGCCCCGCGGCCCCGCCGCGCCCCCGCCGCCCGCCGCCGCCCGCCAGGGGCUAGAGGCGGCCGCCGGGAGGGCGCGCGGCGCCGGAGACAUGUCCAGGAGGAAACAGAGCAACCCCCGGCAGAUCAAGCGUUCCCUCGGAGACGUGGAGACCGCAGAAGACGACGCCGGCCUCCCGGAGCAGGAGGCUGGAGCCGUGGGGCCCGAGGCCGCGGGAGAGCCCGAGCCCCUGAGCCCUGCCAGUGCAGACGCCAAUCCCCCGCCCCCACCAUCGCCACCACCCGCCACAUCCCCAGGAGGCCCCGAGAUGGAGGGGCAGGAGCCAGAGGCCAGGCUGGAGGAGGAGUCGGGCAGCUCCUGGAGCGGGCCAGACGAGCUGGAGCCGGUGCUACAGGACGGGCAGAGGUGCGUGCGGGCUCGACGCAGCCUGGCCGAGGGGCUGUCCUGGGGCCCCUUCCGCGGGAACAUCCAGAGCAAAGCCUCGUCCCCUGGGCAGGCGCAACCGGGCCCUGCCCUGACCCUGCUGCUGGAGGAUGAACCCUGCUGGUUGAGGAUGCUGCCGCAGGCCCCGACCGAGGCCGAAGCCAACGCAGAGAUCUACAGGAAGGAUGAAGCCCUGUGGUGCAGAGUCACCAAGCCGGUGCCGGCGGGCAGACUGCUGGGUGUGCUCCUCACAGUGGCUGAGCCCCGUGGCACCCCCAGCCACCCCGUGAAGGAGGAGCCAGCCGAGCCCGAAUGCCCAGCCCCCUCCCACACCGACAUCCAGCUCCUGCCCCAGCAGGCCGGCAUGGCAUCCAUCCUGGCCACGGCGGUCAUCAACAAAGACGUCUUCCCCUGCAAAGACUGCGGCAUCUGGUACCGGAGCGAGAGGAACCUGCAGGCCCACCUACUCUACUACUGCGCCAGCCGCCAGACCACCGGCUCGCCCGCUGCGGCCGCCGACGAGAAGCCCAAGGAGACCUACCCCAACGAGCGCGUCUGCCCCUUCCCCCAGUGCCGCAAGAGCUGCCCCAGCGCCAGCUCCCUGGAGAUCCACAUGCGCAGCCACAGCGGAGAACGGCCCUUUGUGUGUCUCAUCUGCCUGUCGGCCUUCACCACCAAAGCCAACUGCGAGCGGCACCUCAAGGUGCACACAGACACGCUGAGCGGUGUCUGCCACAGCUGUGGCUUCAUCUCCACCACAAGGGACAUCCUCUACAGCCACCUGGUGACCAACCACAUGGUCUGCCAGCCGGGCUCCAAGGCGGAGAUCUACUCCCCAGGGGCCGGACACCCCGCUGCCAAGCUCCCCCCAGACAGUCUGGCCAGCUUCCAGCAGCACACGGCCCCCCCCGGCCCCCUGGCUUCCACCGACCUGGGCCUGGCGCCCACCCCAUCACCAGGACUGGACAGGAAGGCUCUGGCUGAGGCCACCAAUGGAGAGGCCAGAGCGGCCCCCCAGAACGGGGGCAGCAGCGAGCCCGCGGCGGCCCCCCGGGCCGUCAAGACAGAGGCUGCGACGGAGGAGCCCGAGGCGGAGCCAGGGCCCCCAGCCGCCGCAUCGAGGACACCCUCACCGCCCAGCCCUGCCCCUGCCAGGGUGAAGGCCGAGCUGUCCAGCCCCACGCCCGGCUCCAGUCCGGGCCCUGGCGAGCUGGGGCUGGCGGCCGGCACGCUCUUCCUGCCGCAGUUCCCCGCGGCGCCCCCGGCCUCAGAGAUCCUGGCCAAGAUGUCGGAGCUGGUACACAGCCGGCUGCAGGCGGGCGCGGGGGCCCAGGCCGGCCUCUUCGCGGGGGCUCCCAAGGGCGCCACGUGCUUCGAGUGCGACAUCACCUUCAACAACGUCAACAACUUCUACGUGCACAAGCGCCUCUACUGCUCCGGCCGCCGCCCGCCUGACGACGCGCCCCCAGCGCGCAGGGCCAAGGCGCCCCCCGCCCCGGGCCGCGCACCCCCCGGCCCACCGCCCCCCGAGGCCGACCCGGGGCGCGCCUCGCCGAGCUCCGGGGCGCGCGAGGACGAGGCGGGGGGCGCGGCCACACCCGAGGCCGAGGCCGAGGCCGAGGGGGGCGGCCGGGGCAGGGAGGGCAGCCCGGGCAGCCCCAGCCCGGGCAGCGGGGCGGACGAGGACGACGAUCCCCGCCGGACGCUGUGCGAGGCCUGCAACAUCCGCUUCAGCCGCCACGAGACCUAUACCGUGCACAAGCGCUACUACUGUGCUUCGCGCCACGACCCGCCGCCGCGCCGGCCCGCACCCGCCGGGCCCCCCGGGACCCCCGCGCCCCCGGCGCCCGCCUUGCCCGCCGCGCCGCCGGUGCGCACGCGCCGGCGCCGCAAGCUGUACGAGCUGCACGCGGCCGCCCCGCCCCCCGCCUCUGGCCCCGCCCCCGAGCCGCCUGCGUCGCCGUCGCCCCGGCCGGGAAGCGGAAGCGGGCCCGACGCCGCCGACGGCCCCAUCGACCUGAGCAAGAAGCCGCGGCGCCAGGCGCCUGUGCCCGCCCCCGGCCUGCCCGCCCUGGCCGACUACCACGAGUGCACAGCCUGCCGCGUGAGCUUCCACAGCCUCGAGGCCUACCUGGCGCACAAGAAGUUCUCGUGCCCCGCCGCCCCGCGCCUCCUGCGCGUCGCGGCCGAGGACGCGGCCGCCAGCGCCGUCGUGUGUCCCUACUGCCCGCCCAACGGCGUGGUCCGCGGCGACCUCAUCGAGCACUUCCGCCUGGCGCACGGCCUGCUGCUGGGCCAGCCGCCCGCCGGCGCCCGGACGCCCUCGCCCGCCGCCCCACGAGACGGCCUCAACGGCCAGGAGCUGCGGGAGCCGGCCCCCGGCGCCCCCGACGGCAGCCCCCGGCCCGGCCCGCCACCGGCCCCGUCCCCCGAGGCGGUGCCGCCACACCCGCCGCCCCCGCCGACGCCCCCUUCCCACUCGGACAAGGGCGUCCAGACCCCCAGCAAGGGGACGCCGGCGCCCGCGCCCCCCGGCAGCCACAGGUACUGCCGCCUGUGCAACAUCAGGUUCAGCAGCCUGUCCACUUUCAUCGCCCACAAGAAGUAUUACUGCUCCUCGCACGCGGCAGAGCACGUGAAGUGAGCGGCCGCCACACUACAGAGACCGCUUUGCGCCCCGCCGCAGUCCAGGCGCAGGCCAGGCCCGGGGGCUGCAGGGGACCGCGCCUGCCUGGACUAUUGGCACUUAAUAAAGAAGUCCAGUUUGAUGAG